AUGACUGUUUUAAAGAGAGAAGACCUGAAAAGUGUUGUCGUUUGGGUUAAGAUACACAAUGUGCCUAUGGCUACUUAUACAGAAGAUGGAUUAAGUUUAUUGGCCACUAAAUUGGGUACACCAAAGCUGCUAGACACUUACACGAAUACAAUGUGUAUGGAGUCUUGGGGUAGGAGCAGUUAUGCUAGAGCUCUUGUAGAAAUCUCAGCUGACUUGGAUUAUAAAGAACAAUUAGUUAUAGCCAUUACGAAUUUAGAGGGUGAAGGGUACAUUACUGAAACAAUGAAAGUAGAAUAUGAAUGGAAGCCACCUCGAUGUGGUCACUGUAAUAUUUUCAGUCAUGAGGGUACCCAAUGCCCUAAAGUGGUUAAACCUGUUCAAAAGCAGAAGCCAACUAUGGAUGAAGAGGGAUUUGAAAUAGUAAAAAGGAAGGAUAAGGCGAAUGCAAAGCAAGGGUUUCAUGUUAAAAAUCAGAAACAAAAAUUCGAAUAUAGGCCAGUGACUAAGCCGAGUUCUAAGGAGGCUAGCUCAUCAAAAGGACCAGUUUUAUCGAACAAACAUGAAUUUCUCAAUGAGUAUGGCACUGGUCAUAAUGAGCCUCUCUAUGUACCAGCCCCUGAAAAAGAAAAGUCAUCAGGUCAACUAGAUGAUCCCAAAGAAGAUGAUGAAGAGGUUUUUAAUGAGAUGGAUGAUUAUAUGAAGUCGAAUACUACACCAAAGACAAACUCUGAGGGGGCAAGCAUUCCCGGUUCUAAUGGGUUUGAUGGGUAG